CCAGUUCACAGCUAAAAAUCAGAAGAUAAAUAAUUGGCAGACAAAUCUUUCUCUCUCAUUUCCUCUCUCUCCCUCUCUCUUUCACUCUCAGUCACAGACACUUCAAUAUCAAAAGCCUCUGUUUCUUAUUUUUCUCAAUAACCUCCAGACAAAAGAAUUGCAAACGAAUAUCUCGUAUACAAAAGACACAAACCUCAAAUUCUGCACCUUAGAAGUUACUACUGAAUGCAAGUUUUGGUUCAGACAAAGAUGGUGCAGAGAAGAAGAGAAGUAAAACAGAAUUAUGCUUUGUCCUCUUCAACCUCCUUCCUCUUUAUCAUCUUUUUGCUCUGUUCAUCUUCUGCAGAGCUCACAGACAAAGGUGUUAACUUUGAAGUUCUUGCUCUAAUAGGAAUCAAGAGCUCACUGAUUGAUCCACAUGGAGUUCUUAUGAAUUGGGAUGACACAGCAAACAAUUACAUCACAGGACAUAUCCCUUCUGAGAUUGGGAAGUUGAUGAAGCUCAAAACACUUGAUCUCUCUACCAAUAACUUCACUGGUCAAAUCCCAUUCACUCUUUCUCAGUCCACAAAUCUUCAGUACUUGAGGGUGAAUAAUAACAGUCUGACAGGAACAAUUCCUAGCUCAUUGGCAAACAUGACCCAACUCAGUUUUUUGGAUUUGUCGUACAAUAACUUGAGUGGACCAGUUCCAAGAUCACUUGCCAAAACAUUCAAUGUAAUGGGAAAUCCUCAGAUUUGUCCAACUGGAACUGAGAAAGACUGUAACGGGACUCAGCCUAAGCAAAUGCCAAUGACCUUCAACAGUUCCCAAAAUGGAGCUUCUAAUGGUGGAACAAAAAACCGGAAAAUCGCCAUAGCCUUCGGUUUAAGCUUUACUUGUGUUUGCUUGUUGAUCAUUGGCUUUGGUUUUCUUCUUUGGUGGAGAAGAAGACGUAACCAACAAGUAUUCUUUGACAUGAAUGAUCAAAACAAGGAAGAAGUAUGUCUAGGGAAUCUAAGGAGGUUUAGUUUCAAAGAACUUCAAUCUGCAACGAGUAACUUCAGCAGCAAGAAUCUGGUCGGAAAAGGAGGGUUCGGGAAUGUGUAUAAAGGUUGUCUUCAUGAUGGAACAAUCGUGGCAGUGAAGAGAUUAAAGGAUAUAAACAAUGGCGGUGGAGAGAUUCAGUUUCAGACGGAGGUUGAAAUGAUAAGCCUCGCCGUCCACCGUAAUCUCCUCCGUCUCUACGGCUUCUGCACUACUUCCAUGGAACGGCUUCUCGUUUAUCCUUACAUGUCCAAUGGCAGUGUUGCUUCUCGUCUCAAAGGAACGGUGGGUCACAUUGCACCUGAGUAUCUCUCAACGGGACAAUCUUCGGAGAAGACAGAUGUGUUUGGUUUCGGGAUCCUUUUACUCGAACUGAUCACUGGUUUGAGAGCUCUUGAGUUUGGAAAAGCAGCUAACCAAAGAGGAGCCAUUCUUGAUUGGGUGAAGAAACUACAACAAGAGAAGAAGCUAGAACAGAUAGUAGACAAGGAUUUGAAGAGCAAUUACGACAGAAUCGAAGUGGAAGAAAUGGUUCAAGUGGCUUUGCUUUGUACACAGUAUCUUCCGAUUCAUCGUCCUAAGAUGUCUGAAGUUGUGAGAAUGCUUGAAGGCGAUGGUCUCGUUGAGAAAUGGGAAGCUUCUUCUCAGAGAACAGAAACCAACAGAAGUUACAGUAAACCUAACGAGUUCUCGUCUUCUGAACGUUACUCGGAUCUUACAGAUGAUUCCUCAGUGUUGGUUCAAGCCAUGGAGUUGUCAGGUCCAAGAUGACCAAGAGAAAUAAUUAUAAAGUUGUCAUAAACAUAUAUAUAAGCUUGGUACUUGUAUAUAGGUUUUGGAGUCGUAACGACUCAUAUGUUUUAGUGUGGAAACAAAUUGAAAUCUUUGAAGUGUAUUUAUUGUGAAUAUGUUAUAUAAAUUACCAACUGUGAGAAAUUACUAGUUAG